GCGAGCUCAGCUGCUGAGGCGGGCUGAGGCUGUGCGUGGUGGGAAGGCUGGGCCCCGGGCGGCAAAGCAGAGCGAGAAUCCGCUUGCCCCUCCAGCGGCCAGUCCCUCCCGUCAUCCGGUGCCGGUCUCGUCCCUGCCCGUCCCUUCUGGGCCCUCCUGGCAGUCGAGGCGCUGACCUUUGACGCCAGCACGGAGCUUACCUGGACCCCUGGAGCAGCCUCGAGAGCCUCUCCUCCCGGGUUGUCCCCGCCCCUGAGUGGCCUUCAGCCCAACCUGGCCUUGAGAUGAGGCCGUGGGGCAAGACCCCUGAGAAGGGCUAGAGGAAGGGCACUCUGUCCGAGGUCUUCAGGUGUCCCGGAAUGGCCCCCAUCCUGGCCCUGUUUUCAGUCUGUGACCGGCGGACUUCAGCCUACCCUUCACACAGAAGCAGUGAAGCUACCGUGUUUUCUCUAGGUUACUUGGUGCGAACCUGGGAAACGAACCUGUUCUCAGAUUCUCUAACCAUGGCACAAGUAGAGAAAAGAGGGGGUUUGCUCCGGAAAUCUUCAGCCUCCAAAAAACCACUGAAGGAAAAAGUGGUGCUGAUGUAUGAUGAGAUCUUCAUGACAGAGGACCCCAGUAAGUGCAGUCCUCGAUUUUGGGAGGAGCUCUUCCUCAUGAAGGUGAAUUUAGAGUACCUAGAAGGCAAGCUGGAGUCUCUUGAUGGUGAGGAGUUAAUGAAGAUCAAGGACAAUAUCAACUGCUUAUUUCAGCACUGCAUCCAGGCUCUGGGAGAGGAGCAUCCAAUUCGAGUUGUCAAUGCAUUGCAGACCUUGUGUGCACUCAUUCGAGGAGUCCAUCAAAAGAAUAAGUCUACCUCUGGGUUUGACAUUAUCAACAUGCUGAUGGGCUUUGACAAGGCGGAGCUGUGCAUGAAGAACUUGAUGGAGAGUUUGGAUUCAUUGCUUUGUGCAGAAGGAUCUGAAAGUCUGAAGAGUUUAUGUCUGAAACUUCUCCUUUGCUUAGUGACUGUGACAGAUAACAUCAGCCAGAACACUAUCCUGGAGUAUGUAAUGAUCAACAGCAUAUUUGAAGCAAUUUUACAGAUUCUCUCCCACCCUCCAAGUCGUAGGGAGCAUGGGUAUGAUGCUGUAGUCCUCUUGGCUUUGCUGGUGAACUACAGAAAAUAUGAGUCUGUGAAUCCUUAUAUUGUGAAGCUAUCUAUUGUGGAUGAUGAGGCUACGCUCAAUGGAAUGGGGCUUGUAAUUGCUCAGGCUUUAUCUGAGUACAACAGGCAGUAUAAAGACAAGGAAGAAGAACACCAGAGUGGUUUUUUCUCUGCUUUAACAAAUAUGGUGGGCAGCAUGUUCAUAGCAGAUGCCCAUGAGAAAAUUUCAGUACAAACCAAUGAGGCCAUCCUUCUGGCACUUUAUGAAGCUGUUCAUUUAAAUCGCAACUUCAUCACAGUGUUAGCCCAGAGUCAUCCAGAAAUGGGCUUGGUGACUACCCCUGUCAGUCCUGCUCCAACAACCCCAGCCACACCACUGGGGACCACUCCGCCCUCCUCUGAUGUUAUAAGUUCUGUGGAACUCCCACUGGAUGCAGAUGUACAGACCAGUAAUCUACUGAUAACCUUCUUGAAGUAUAGCUCGAUUGUCAUGCAGGAUACCAAAGAUGAGCACCGGCUUCACAGCGGCAAACUCUGUCUGAUUAUCCUUACAUGUAUUGCAGAGGAUCAGUAUGCCAAUGCGUUUUUGCAUGAUGACAACAUGAAUUUUCGAGUAAACUUACAUAGAAUGCCUAUGAGACAUAGGAAGAAGGCAGCAGACAAGAACCUUCCCUGCCGUCCUUUGGUAUGUGCAGUACUAGACCUGAUGGUAGAGUUUAUUGUAACACACAUGAUGAAGGAGUUUCCUAUGGAUCUCUAUGUGCGCUGCAUUCAGGUAGUUCAUAAACUACUUUGCUACCAGAAGAAGUGUAGAGUACGCCUGCAUUACACCUGGCGGGAACUCUGGUCAGCCUUGAUAAAUUUGCUGAAGUUCCUUAUGUCAAAUGAGACCGUACUUUUGGCCAAACACAACAUUUUUACUUUAGCCCUUAUGAUUGUGAACCUAUUUAAUAUGUUUAUCACAUAUGGCGACACAUUCCUGCCCACCCCCAGCAGCUAUGAUGAACUUUACUAUGAGAUUAUCCGCAUGCACCAGAGCUUUGACAACCUCUACUCCAUGGUCCUGAGGCUUUCUACCAAUGCAGGCCAGUGGAAAGAAGCAGCUAGCAAGGUGACCCACGCAUUGGUCAAUAUCAGAGCCAUCAUCAACCAUUUUAACCCCAAAAUUGAAUCCUACGCUGCUGUGAAUCACAUAUCCCAACUGUCAGAGGAGCAGAUUCUGGCAUUUUGGUUGACCUGUUCGACAGAAAAAAAGUUUGGGCAUCUUGAGGAGGUCCACAUAAGACAGUCAGCUGAUAUGUGCUGCUAGGAUGGCCAUUCUCUUACUUGGACCAGGAGCCGCUUUGAACGAAAGUAUCCUGAAUAAGAACCAAUUCUUGCCUCCCAAGGAAGCUCUCUGAACCUGAUUUGGUCUAAGAAUUCUCUGCUUCUGAGUGUCCUUGGUUAGUGCAAUAAGGCAAGGACUGGGUGUCCUUGCUUCAAGUUCCCCAGGUUAUUUCUUUUCUGUGUAAAAGUACAGAAGUAUGUGCUGUGUGCAAAGCCAGGGGCUGUAAAAAUGCAAAAAUCAUACCUGCCCUUGAAGACUUCAGAAUAUAAGAAUCAGGACUACUACUUUCUUGCUUACACCUUUGCCUGUGUGCUCUCUUGUAGACCUCCCCAAGCUGAUGUAUUUGGUUUGCUUGCAGCCCCACUUGACCCUUUAUAAACUUAAGAGGGACAGAUACCCUGUUCUCCUUAUACUGUAGUGAAAUAUUGCCUCAUUAUAAAUCCAUAAAUGGUUGGCUGAUGACCCUUAUUUGGAGUGAGUUUCCACAAGGAGAGCCAUGAUUAUCUCAUAUCUUUCAUCCCUGCCUUAGUUUCAAAGAGGCAAAAAGAAGAACCUUCAUUAGGUGGCCUUGGUAAAGGCAGGACCCUGUGAGUUCCUGAGCUUGGCAAAUGUUUGAGUUGGUCAGAAUGUCCAGGAAAGUACACCCACUUUGAAAAAACCUCAUGUGGCUGGUGCCUGGCAAAAAAUUAUUCCAAACACUGUUGAUUGCUACCUGGCGUCCAUUUAAUUUGUCAGGGAGGAUUGCCAGGGGUGAAGGAAUGGAGAGGAGGAGGACAAUGAGGGGAAUCCUUGGCAUUGUUGAAAUACUAAGAAUUCCUAGGUUAGAGUUACUGAUAUAUCAGCCUGAAUCGUUCUUGCCCCAGCCAAAAAUGGAAUAGUUAGACCAAAAAUGAUGUAAGCUUACUGCCAUAGCCACGCAUCUUUUUUUGACUAGUUAUGAUUUAUUGGACUUAUUUUUUAUUUAACUUUAUUGAGGUGUAAUUAGCAUACAAUAAGAUAUAUUUAUGUAACCUCCACCACCACUACUACCACGGCAAGGUAAAGAACAUUUCCAUCACCCAAAAAAGUUCUCUUUUGCAGUCAGUCUUAUCCUUGAGUCUGGGCCCUGGGCAACCACUCGUGAUUUCUGUCACUAUAGGUUAGAUUUGUCUUUUAUAGAAUUUCACAUAAAUUCGUACAAUAUGUGCUCUUGUGUCUGAGAUUCAUCCACAUUGUGACACUCCUAGGUAUUUACCCAAGAGAAAUGAAAAUAUGUGUCCACCCAGAGACUUGUGCACAAUGUUCAUAGUGGUGUUAUUCAUGAUACCCCAAAACUAGAAACAACCUAAAUGUUUAUCAGCAACUGAAUGGAUGAACAAAAUGUGAUAUGGCCAUACAAUGAAGUAUUAUUCAGCCAUAAAAAGGAAUGAAUUACUGAUAAUGCUACAGCAUGAAGACUCAUGAAAACAUGUGCGAAGUGAAAGAAGGCAGUCACAAAAGACCACGUAUUACAUGAUUCCAUUUAUUUGAAAUGUCCAGAAUAGGCGAAUCUAUAGAGGCAGAAAAUAGAUUAGUGGUUACUUAGGGCUGAGGUUGGGGAGCAGGGUGGAGAGUGACUGCUAAUGGGUUUGAGGUUUUUGGAGUUGAGGAAAAUUUUCUAAACUUAGAUCAUGGUGAUAAUUGCACAACUAUGUGAAUAUACCAAAACCAUUGAAUUGUACACUUUAAAUGUAUGAAUUUUAUGGUAUGUAAAUUAUGUCAAUAAAGAUGUUUAAAAAAAAAAGAAACUACCAAACUUUUUUCAAAAGUGUUUGUACCAUUUUUCAUCCCAAUGGACAGUGACGAAGAGUUUCAACUAUUCUACAUCUUUUUCACACUCGGACUUCUGAGUCUUUUUAAUUUUAGGCAUUCUAGUGGGUAUGCAGUGCUUUUGUUACACUGCAUACAUUACAAUUUUUAAAAUUAUUAUUAAUUUUAUUUUGCAUGAUGACAAA